GGUAUAACUGGACCAUCCUCAUGACAAGAUGAGACCUACUACAACGCUGCUGAGAUCAGCGUGGAAGGGACCGUUCUUUGUCGCCUUUCCUUCCCUACAAAGCGCACUAAGAGACAACACACCGAUCUUCACCAAAGCCAGAGCAUGCACCAUCUUACCGAACCACAUCGGUGUCCGAUUCAUGGUCCAUAACGGACGGGACUAUCUCCCCGUGACAGUCACGGAAGAAAUGGUGGGACAUAAGUUGGGAGAGUUCUCCGCGACGAGAAAGAGAUUCAGCUACAGGCAAACGAAGAACAAGUAGGCAGUUUUGUCAUACUUCAUUUGCCCAUUUGGAGGAAGAACCCAGAACGUCGGCAUCCCAAAUUCACACUCGGCAUGGAUUCGAUUCAGUACAAACAUCUUUCAGCUUCACUUUGUAUACCUUGCAUACAUAUACCCAUCACAGUUUGCGUGGCAACUCAGCUCAACUUUGUCAAGCUUCACCAUCGCGCCUGGUCCCGAGGCCGGUAGAUAGAGAACAUGCCAUCAAUGCCUGAUAAACGUCUUUCGGAUCUCACGGGAUGCGCAGAUUUCGUGGCUGU